AUGAAGUUCAUAAUCCCCAUCAGCGCCCUCAUCGGCACCACCCUCGCCGCACCGCCCGCACAAACCGCCCAUCUCACAUUCCGCAGCGACCCAUCCACCGCGGCAUACAAACUCACCAUCGUCGCAGACGGCACAACUUCAACCGUGGACAACAACACGCCCAUCAGUCUGAUCGACGCGCCGGAUUAUCUGGCCCGGUCGCUCUGCAAGUUCGACACAGUGGACAAGGUUGAGUUUUCGGAUACGAUUGCCGCGGAUAAUGUCACGCAGCAGGUUGUUCUGAAGCCGGCGUCUGUGAUAAGGAGCGUGACUUGUGAGGGCAUGUGUGUCGGUACAUAUGGGAACUGUUAUGAUGAUCAGACGGGACAGCCGGUUGGGCCUUGCUGCAAUGGUCUUUGUGCGGCGAAUCGGUGUCGACCUUGGAAUAUUGGACAGCAUUAA